UAUUUGAGCACCACGUACCACCCCUAUAUAGCGUGUUUCCACUAAUCAAUUUGGUGCUGAAAAUGGAAGGAGAAAGGCUGUUCGAGGAGUUCUCCGCUGGCUAUCACUCAUUUCGCCAUUACCCCUUUUGAUGUUUUGAAGGUUAACAUGCAGGAGCUGGAUACUUGCCUGUAUGUAUUCUAUUCAAAUGAUCUCAUGUCUUGAUUUUAAACCAUUGAACCUCGUGACUUCUUUACAACAGUCUUGCACUAGGAACACACAACUUUCGUUCUUGUAACAGAUCUGUAAACUCCAUAUGUCAUUGUGGCUCGUGACAAACAAACUAAAAUUAAAGGCUGGCAAAACUGGGAGUAACUUGCCUAAUCUGGUAUGUUUUGAUAAUACCUUUAUAUGCUUUAGGUGGACCCUGUCAAAUACCGAGGCAUUUGAUCAGGUUAUAACACUAUGGAGAGAGCAAGGCCAUUCUGCUCUCUGGAGAGGUUGGUCAGGGAAACUAUUUGGAUAUGGAGUUCAAGGAGGAUUCAAAUUAGGUCUUUAUGAAUACUUUAAAAGGUCCUAUUCUGAAUUGUUACUUGAUCAACGUAGGAGUGUUAUAUUCUUCCUCAGCGGUGCAUCAGCUCAAGUAUUUGCUGAUGUGGCCCUCUGUCCCUUUGAAGCUGUCAAAGUUCAGGUCCAAACUCAGCCUCAUUUUGCCAGGGGAUUAACUGAUGGAUUUCGCAAAUUGUAUGUGAAUGAAGGCCUUUCAGGUUUCCAUGAUCAUGUUCUCGACAUUUGAGCACUCAGUAGAUCAAAUGUACCGGAAGGUCAUACAGAGAAGGAAGGAAGAUUGCUCAAGAGCUGAGCUGGCUAUGCUGCUGGAUCUGUUGGCACUGUAAUAUCUACCCCCGCUGAUAAUAUUAUCUCGUUUCUUUACAACAGAAAGGCUGAAACAGUUAGACAGGUCCAAAUUCUGUCAAAUAGUACGUGUGAUAUUGAAGUAUAUGUAAAAAAAUCUAAUUAGUUGGAUCUAAAAUGAUAAUGAUGUUUUCAGGCUAUAAAUGAGGUUGGAUUUGUUAAUUUGUUUAAGAGAAAUCUUCCUGUUCGGAUCACACUUGUGGACCCUGUUGUGACUCAUCAAUGGUUUCUCUAUGACACAAUUAAAGUGUUAACUGGACUGCAAGUUCACUACUAUUCUCUUUAA